CGCGAGCACGGCGGCUCCGCCCCCUGCGUCUCUGGCCUCGCUGGCCUUGGGGGGAUGGUUUCAUCAUGGCGUCAAUGCAGAAACGACUACAAAAAGAACUGUUGGCUUUGCAAAAUGACCCACCUCCUGGAAUGACUUUAAAUGAGAAGAGCGUUCAAAAUUCAAUCACGCAGUGGAUCGUAGACAUGGAAGGUGCACCAGGUACCUUAUAUGAAGGGGAAAAAUUUCAACUUCUGUUUAAGUUUAGUAGUCGAUAUCCUUUUGACUCUCCUCAGGUCAUGUUUACUGGUGAAAAUAUCCCUGUCCAUCCUCACGUGUAUAGCAAUGGUCAUAUCUGUUUGUCCAUCCUCACAGAAGACUGGUCGCCAGCGCUGUCCGUCCAGUCAGUGUGUCUGAGCAUUAUUAGCAUGCUUUCCAGCUGCAAAGAAAAGAGACGACCGCCAGAUAAUUCCUUUUAUGUGCGAACAUGUAACAAGAAUCCAAAGAAAACAAAAUGGUGGUAUCAUGAUGAUACUUGUUGAUGCCACUGUUAUCAUCCUCGUAGCAGAAGAUAGUCCUACUGAGAAAAUGAGCACUUUGAUCAUUCAGUCUUUGAACUUUAACCUUUGACUGGAAGUGACCUAUAGGCAAUGAAGACUACUUCCUUUUACUGCAUUUUUACUUGUGUGCAUUCUGGGCGCAUGUUGAUCGCUGGCUCAGUCCAGGCAACUGACAUGCUUUUAUAUUAGUCAUACAGUAUUAAUGCAGGUGUCAGGAAAUGUCAAAUAUAAUUCCAUUUUUUAUUUUUAUUUUUUUAAGCUUUUGGAAAAGUUCCAGGUCCUCAUGUAUUGUGCAAUAACAGUGACUUCCUCGGUGGUUUGGGGACGUUCAUUGCCGGCAAUGGACGUUGAUACAGGAAGAGUUUUCUUAACUCCUGCCACUUGGUGAUAAUGCAUGAUAGGGCCUAUGAAAUGAAUUUAUCGGUUAUCGUGGGAUUAUAAGGAAAGUGAGGGAUCCAACAUUACAUUGAAAGUCACCCCAACGUUUAUAUUUGGAUUCUAUGCACUGUGAUCCUAAGGCUAACAGCAUGAAAUAACAUGCAUCUUUAAAGGACCAUAAGAAAGAUCAUUGCGUAUUUAUUUAAUUGUUUAUAUCUGCUGUCAAAUUGUUUUGACAUGGAAAGUUUUCAAGGAACAUUGGCAGAGAGGUACAAUAUGUUAUCCCUAUGGUGAAAAUAAAUUCAUUUGUUGUACAUAGUCCUCAAUCUCUGAAGUAAAGGUGUGAAUAAUAUAGGGUGUGAAUGGUUUAACCAAGACUUUAUUUUGGAAGUAAAAACAAAAAACAAAAAACCGGCAGUGAUGCUUCAAUCACCGCCAUCCAUUCUUUGGGCCUGUUAUUUUCUCCCCAGUAUGUUACACUCUGUUACUUCCUGCUAGCCAUCAGCAUGAGCCCUAUGCCUAAACACUAUUUCUUUAUUUAUGUUUGGAAUCCAUGAACAUUUUUGUUUGUAAUCUUGUUUCUUUUGUUACAUUUUAAGUUGUUUGAAUGUUACAGUACUUUAAUUGAAAGACUUGUCAAGUUUUUUUCUUGUAAAUUUUCUUUACUUGUAUCAUCUUGUCCUUCAAUCCUGUACCCUAAAAUGAGAAAUACAUUUUUGACAGAGGCUUAAUGUUUUAACAAAAGAGUGUGGACAUUUUUAUUUUAAGAUUUUGGCAAAAGAACACUAUAAAAUGAUAGGUUUGCUUAUUUGUUUCACACAACCAUACAGAUUUUCUUGGAAGAUUUUGUUUUGUUUGUUGAAAAGAUUUUGCUUACAGCUAGAUGAAGUUUUUCUAUCUGUCUGUCUGUACCUGUCUGUCUGUCUAUCUAUCUAUCUAUAUCUAAUCUAUAAUGCAGUUGUUGGAAAGGUUCCAUUCUAAGUACCAUGUACCAUGUAAGUUAAUGAUGCUACAACUAGGUCUUUUUAAGAAGCAGUUAAUGUAUUUUAUAAAUCACCUUUUCACAUAUGCAAGAUCUGUUUCUAUAACAGUGUUAUUUUUACUAAUGCCUUACUGUUGCACUCUUUUUGAAUAUCCUGCCGUGAAUAUAUUAAUUGAUUUGGACUUAAAAAUGAAAGCCAAUUGGCUGAAAGGUCUGACAUAUGUAUCCCCCAGAAAUCAUCCAAUUGAUAAUUGGUAAAGAAUAUUUUAAAAAUUGUUUUUAAUCUCUGUGUAGAUGACAUUUUGUAGCUUUGUACAUGUUGUUAAUUAAGGGCAUAUAAUUUUACACUCAAAGUAUAACUGCUGAACUCAGGGGUGGGUAGACUUCAAAAAUAUGUCUGCUGUAGAAAUAACUUGAAAAAAAAAAUUAAAACCAUGGCCAGCCACCAAAUUGUGGACACUGUUUAUACUGCUAGGUAGCAAUGAUCGUUUUUUAAAGAUUAUAAACAUUUUUCUUCUCUCUUGAUUGGGUGUAAAUAAGUUCUCACAGUGAUCAUUGUUAGAUUUAUUAGUUGGCCUAUUUAGCACAAAAAAAUCUAUUACUUCUUAGUUUUCACUGCUUUUAAUAUGAAAUUACAGCUGUAAAUGAGGUGUUCCCAUGUUUUUCUGUUACUGCUCUAAAAUACUAAUUAAUGUGAUCUUUUUCAGGGUGGGGUGGGGCGGUACAGGGGAAUUCUUCUCUGUGUUCAUAGUCCUAACUAAAAUCCUUUCAUAAGAAGUGACCUGUGACGUUUAUUCACCAAAGGAAUUAAUACACCAGGUCAAGCAUUCAGUGCUAUAGCGUAGAGUAAUAGCUUCAGUUGCGUUUUUAUAACUGUUUUAAUAUACCUCUGUAUGUACAGAUACUAUAAACUAGAUUAAAAUGAAAUGGGGGAGGGACCAAACAAUUUUAGUUCGUUUUUUAUUCCAAGUGAAGAAAAUAAGAACUAUUAAUAAUUGAUAGUCAGAUUAACAUUACUCCCUUCAAUUUAGGAGUCAUUGAAAAUUCUUUUACACUUGCAUUUAAUUAUUUUACAUUAUUAAAAGACUUAAGAUGUG